CAACACACGUGACCUGCACACGGGUAAGCAAGCCGUUUAUAACCUAAAAAAUACACAAACCCUACUUCCUUCUCUCUAUAACUGCCGCCAAGCUUCUGGUGUUUCUUUCUGCUUCAGAUUCUCAAUCGCAAUAAACCCUAACCACCGAAAACUAGCCAAACAACAUCGAAAUGGUGACGGCAAAGAAAACUAAGAAGACCCAUGAGAGCAUCAACAACAGAUUGGCUUUGGUGAUGAAGAGUGGAAAGUACACUCUUGGUUACAAAACUGUGCUUAAAACUCUGAGGAGCUCUAAAGGAAAAUUGAUUUUAUUAUCAAACAAUUGCCCACCUUUGAGGAAAUCUGAGAUUGAGUAUUAUGCUAUGCUUGCGAAGGUUGGGGUUCAUCAUUAUAAUGGAAAUAAUGUCGACUUGGGAACUGCUUGUGGCAAGUAUUUCCGUGUAUCUUGCCUGAGCAUUAUUGAUGCAGGUGAUUCUGAUAUUAUCAAGACAGUCCCUGGUGAUCAUUGAGCAGACUUUUCUUCUGGUUCCGUUAUUUUACAGCAGAAAUAUGUUUUAUUUCUUUAGAUUUUCCCCAUCUUUUUUAGAAUAUUUUGGAGUCUAUAACACUCAUCUUUCAUCCCAUCCUUCAGUUUUGGAUUUUAUUCCCAUCUGUUGUGAACUGCUGUGUACUGAAGUGGCAAAUUUUGAUUCAGUUAUUGAUACAGCAAGCUUUUUAUUAUGAA